AUGAACAUCACAGACAGAAGACGUAUUUUGGGGCCCGCAAAUGCCAAACCUUUGGUUUUCGACAAAAGCAUGGGUCCUGCCCAGAGAGGCGAAUCUGAAGAAGUGUCGUCCGAGACAGGAAACGAUGCUAUGUACAUUGAAAAUGGAAUUGUGGGAAACUCAAACGGAUCAUCUUACUUGGAGGUUAAAAGUCGAAUAAACGACAAAAAUUGCACACUGCUUCUAACGUCAGUCUACGGACCAAGACCUUCUCGCGGAGCGUUCAACGCCAAGGCCACGCUGAGCGUCCAGUUCAGGGAAGUUACUUUGGAAAAAAUACCGGCUGGUCAACUGAGGGAAGUGUGCACGUUUCUGACCAACAUUUUCAAUGCAGUUGUAAACCUAGAACGUUAUCCUAAGUCCGGAAUAGACAUCUUUCUCAGUCUAAUUCACAGCUCCAGCGGACCUCAGGAUUACGAGCUGGAGUCUAUAAUUACCACAUGUGUUAACGGCAUCACGCUCGCCUUUGUUGACGCUGGUAUCGAAAUUCUCGACACGGUGAGCGCAGGCAUGUACAAGAAGAAUAUUACGGCAUUUAUGAAAAACGGUACCGAGGUGGUUGGAUUCUGGAAGGAUGAUGACGAUAAUUCAGCCAGUGAGGGCAUCAUGGAUAUCGUUGAAAAAUGCAAGGAACAUUAUUUGCAAAAUCGCAAGACAAUGAUCGAGUACAUGAUACGAAGCAGCAAAUCCUCUAACUGA